AUGGCGAAAUCAGACUACGAGAGCGACGAGCUGCUGGACAGCGAGGAGGACGAGUUUGAACUCGAGAGCGAGGAGGAGUACGACGAGGUGGUUGCCGACGAGGACGACGAGGACGACGAGGAAGAGGAGGUGCCCAAACGGCGCGGCCGGCCGUUGAUCGAGGAGGCUGUUGCGCAGGACCAGCCGAAACGCAAGCGUGGGGCCCCGAAAAGCUACAAAGAGCCCGGCGAGGACGAAUUGCCGUACUCGGAGGACGUGGACGGCAGUUCCGUGGAGGAUUCCACGCCGUCCACGGAUAUCGUCAGAAUGACAGAACGGCAAAGGGCAAAGUACACGGAAACGGGCGACGAUCUGAGCGACAGACAGGGCAGCGGCGAGCUGCUGGAGCUCACCAAUGACCGGUCCAAGAAGAAACAGUUCACCGAGGAAGAGCUGCAGCUGCGACGGCUCGAGAACGCGCGCAAGCGCAAGAACUUCACCAUGAAGCGGCUCGAGAUGGAGAAACAGGACACCCUCAACAAGCUGCUGCUCAAGCGGGCCGACAAGGUGAGAAACCUGAAGAAUCUCGAGGGAAAGGAGUACGGCGACGAAGAAGACCCCACGCCCACAGAGGCUCCGCGCCGCCCGAUGCUGUCUCACCCGGCCCUCUCGCGCUGGAACUGCCGCGGUGUUGACCAGCAGGUGGUUAGUACAUACUCUUUUAACGAAUAG